AUGACAAUAGCGAAAGCGUGCGACUACUUCUGGAUUCCGUUCAAAACGGACUGUGAGGAACUGCUGGGCCGCUUCCAGCUAACCGAGUCGGUUCGAUAUGAAGAGUUUGCGGCUAUAUGGAGAGCAAUGGACUUCUCCAGCGUGUUUUAUGGAAUUACUACGCACCAGGAGAAGAGAGCUUUUACUCGUCUUGCCUUUGCCACUGUGUACGAUUACUUCCUGCCUCCAUACAGCUUUCAGAUCAGGGCAGGGGCUCUGUACACGUUAUACGGCCUUUACCACGCACAGCUCUCAUUGCCUAAGGAAAAGAUCUGGAUUGCUCUGAAGGAUUGGGUGCACAUGCAGAAGUUUGUUUCAGAUGCGCUUAGCUGUCAGCAUCUGGAUGUUGUAUAUGUCUACAGGAAGCUUGAGUCUGAUAAAGUGUUUUUUUACACUACCAUGCCCAAGCAGCUCACAUUUGACGCAAAGCGUCGUUUUUUGAACAAAGAUGUCAAUGAGGAGUUCCAGGAUCAUUCAGCCAGAGUGGCGGAGCUGGUCAACACAGAUACACUAGAAGAAAUUGCAAAUGUUCAUGGUCACUAUGAACGGAUUAAACAGGGUUUGCCUGUGUCGUCAUCAAUAAGUGUGACGCCAGUCAACUUGACUGCAAAACUUCUGGAAUGUGCCCUUGAGUUUCAACAGUGGCAGGAAAAAAAUGCAGCAGCUAAGAAUAAAGACUCUGGUGCGAAAGCCAAGAAAAGCACUAAGCAAACUGAGUCGUCCUUAAGAGCCGAUCUACUUGCUUCCAUCAAAUCAAAGUCAUAUGGCCAUCUAUCAAAGGCAUCCAAAUCCCGGCGACACAGGCAGGUGGAGAUGGACACCUCAGGCUCUGGAACAGACCAUAUGCAGGAGUUCACGGCCUCCCGCAAAAGCAGACCACCCUCCCUCAGGGCCAGGACCUGGCAAAACCUGGGCAACAAAGGGUCAGAUGAAAGAACACAACAUUGGCUCCUGAGCUCAAUGGAAGAAGACAAAACAGCAAUGAAACGCAGUCAGCAGAGGAGCAGAUUCAAAUGGUGA